GUCCCCGUCCCACGCUCCUCUUCCUCCUCCGCCGCCGCCGCCGCAAAGAGAGAUACUGCCGGGCGCGCUCACGAGAUAGAGUCCGGCGGCUCGGCCGUAGCAAGCGAUGCCGAACAAGCGUCAGAGGGAGGCGAAGAAGCGCUUCCGCGAGGCGAACCCCGGCCUUUGUCCACCGGCGCCCGCCCCUGCCGCCGAUGGCACCAAGAAGAAGAAGAGCAAGAAGAGCAUGUUCAAGAAAGUGAAGAAGCCGGACGCUGGGCGCGGCGGAGCGGGGAGGUCGAAGCACCCGCUGCGGGUUCCCGGGAUGCGGCCCGGGGAACAGUGCUUCAUCUGCAAGUCCACCGACCACGCGGCCAAGAACUGCCCCGAGAAGUCCCUCUGGGACAGGAAUAAGAUCUGCUUACACUGCAGGGAACGGGGGCAUAGUCUGAAGAACUGCCCUGAGAAAAGUGAUGGGAAUUUGAAUUUGAAGAAAUUCUGCUAUAACUGUGGUGAAUCUGGACAUUCCCUUUCCAAGUGCCCCCUCCCCAUUGAAAAUGGCGGUACAAAUUUUGCGAGCUGCUUUGUCUGCAAACAGCAGGGACAUUUGAGCAAGGAUUGUCCUGAAAACAAGCAUGGCAUCUAUCCAAAGGGUGGUUGCUGUAAGAUAUGUGGUGAAGUUACACAUUUGGCUAGGCAUUGUCCAAACAAACGGCAACAUGACUUCACUUCCUCUAUGGAUGAUGGUAUGAUGAACAGGGAGGGAGUCCACCAGGAAGACCAUGCUCUGCGGGGUGGAGAUGAUCUUGAAGAUGAUUUCAUUGAUGAAGAAGAACCGAAACCCGCGAACUCUGCGUCGGGGAUGGCGGUGAGCGACGAGUGCAAGCUCAAGUUCCAGGAGCUCAAGGCGAAGCGGAGCUUCCGGUUCAUCACGUUCAAGAUCAACGAGCAGACGCAGCAGGUGGUGGUAGACAGGCUGGGGCAGCCCGGCGACACCUACGCCGACUUCACCGGCACCAUGCCCGAGGGGGAGUGCCGCUACGCCGUCUUCGACUUCGACUUCGUCACCGACGAGAACUGCCAGAAGAGCAAGAUCUUCUUCAUCUCCUGGUCCCCGGACACCUCGAAGACGAGGAGCAAGAUGCUGUACGCGAGCUCCAAGGACCGGUUCAAGAGGGAGCUGGACGGCAUUCAGGUGGAGCUGCAGGCCACCGACCCCAGCGAGAUGAGCAUGGACAUCGUCAAGUCCAGAGCCCUCUGA